UCAUUGUUUUGUUUACAAAUACGCAUUUACGCUUGUUUUGUUCUACCGGUCGAUCGCAUUUAUUUGGAGACGUUUUGCAUUUAAAUUCAGUCAUUGCACCAUGCAGAAUAUUGUUAUCAAAGAUAUCUUUGACGGUUUUAAUGAUUAUCUCAACAAAGAACAAGAACUUCGCGAGCAAAUUCGCGAAGUUGUUCGCGAAAUAGAUCAGGCGGCGAAGGAAGCCACCAUCGCUCUGCAGAUCAUUCACAGCAGCCUGACGGAAGUUUCCAGCGCUUGUGUAUUUGCGCGGGCCCAGUUUGAAGUUUGUCGUAAAGGCUACGAGCGUUUGGCCGAGUUGAUUCCCGAAGGACAGUAUUAUCGUUACAAUGAUCAUUGGCACUUUUUGAGUCAGAGAAUUGUGUUUCUCGUGGCGUUGACCAUCUAUCUGGAGAAGGGAUUCCUCGUCAGUCGGAGUACUGCGGCGGAAAUCCUGGGCAUGAAAACCAAACAAGCGGACGGAUUCCAUUUGGACAUUGAAGACUAUCUUAUGGGAAUACUACAGUUGGCAUCUGAGUUGAGCCGCUAUGCUACAAAUUCGGUAACAUUGGGAGAUUAUGAUCGUCCUCUAGCCAUUUCAAAGUUCGUUAGCGAUUUGAACUCAGGAUUCCGGCUUCUAAAUUUGAAGAAUGAUGGGCUGAGGAAACGAUUCGAUGCGUUGAAAUAUGACGUCAAAAAGAUAGAGGAAAUUGUCUACGAUAUCAGCAUUCGUGGGUUGAGAGCAGAGGGUACGAAUUCCACGCCUCCACAAUAAAUGAAAUCGCUCUUUGACAAUAUAUAAAUAAUAUGGUCAAUCGAUCAA